AUGUCGGUGGUGCCGCAGGCGCACAAGGGCGCCCCGGUUUACUGGCCAGAGGGGGGAGGGGCGGGAAGCAGCCGCUGGAACCCCGACCGCGGGGCCCCUGAAAACGCCGAGGCCCGACAGCCGUUCCCCAGCCAGAGGCGAGAGACGCUGUGGCCCCUGCUUACCCCCAAGUCCCGGACCGCCGCCCGCUCGCCCUGGGGCCCGCAGCUCUCUCCGGCGCUGCUGGGGGCUGUGGUUUCCAGGCCCUGGCGCAGGGCGGAGGCCGGGGGGGCCCACAAGACGCUGCGGAGCUCCCCUGACAAGGAGAGCCUGGGGUUCUCGGCCCACUUCGAGGCCCCAGCGGCCGCGCCCCGCUGCCCCGCACCCCCGGCUGGGCUGCUCGGAGGGGCCUCCGGGAGCGGCCCCGCCCGCCGGGCCCCAGUGCCGCCAGCUUUGCGACCGCCCUCGACUGGCACAUUCCGGGCAGAGACCAAGAUCUCUGAGAUGGGGAUGCGCGGCCCACGGCGGCCGGCCUCCCUGCUGUGCGGCGUUUCCAGGCCGUGCCUGCGCGGUGGGGACAGCUCCGGGCCGUCCGCCCCGCCCCAGGGCAAGGAGAGCCGGCAGGUCGCGCAGGAGAUGGACGGGACCAGUCGUCCCCUGCUGGAGGCCAGCGCUGGCCAGAGCUACGAUUACGUCCUCGUGGCCCCCUUGAGAGCCCUGGGCGAGAAGAAGCGGCAGCAGUUUCUGGAGGAACUUGGCAGGAAAGGAUUCCAGAUCACGGAGAAGCAGGACGAGAAGAGGGCGUUCUCAGGGAUCCGUGCUAAUGACAGCAUCUUCAGCCCGUACCACGCGCUCAUGGAGGACCCAGACCCCAGCGAGGGGCGCCCCAGCCCCAUUCGAGCCACCACCAGGGCGGCGGGCUGGGGCUCACCAGGGCAGGGGCGGCUCCGGGCAGCGUCCCCCGAGGCCAUGCAGGGCCACACAGAGCGCUCCUGUUCCAGAAUCCGAGUCGUCCACUCCAUCCUGCAGAACAUAAAGACGCCCGACGGUGACAGCUUUGACGACUUGGUGAAGCAAAAGAUCUUUGAGGUCAGGUUCCCCCUGCACAAGGAGGAGGAGAAGCUGAAGGGCUGGGCCACGUGGAAGGCCUUGUUCAAACCGCAGCCCGCCGACGCCAUCGACGCCAUCAGGGACUACUUUGGCGAGAAGGCGGCGCUGUACUUCGCCUGGCUCGGCUGGUACACCUGCAUGCUGGUGCCCGCCGCUCUCAUGGGCCUCCUCAUCUUCCUGAGCGGCUUCUCCCUGUUCAACACCAGCCAGAUCAGCAAGGAGAUCUGUGCGGCCUCCGACAUCUACCUGUGUCCUCGCGGUGACCACAACCACAACUACCAGCGGCUCUCGGACACCUGCACCUUUGCCAAGCUCACCCACCUGUUCGACAACGAGGGCACCGUGCUGUUCGCCAUCUUCAUGGCUCUGUGGGGUGACCCGUCCCCCGCUGCCACGGUGUUCCUGGAGUUCUGGAAGCGGAAGCGAGCCCAGGUGGUCCUGCACUGGGACCUGUACGGGUGGGACGAGGACCAGGCGGGCUUCUGGAGGAACCGAGAGGAAUGGCCGUCUCGUCCAGAGAAGCCCAGGACCUUCUCCGAGGAGGAGGGCAAGUUCACCGUCAAGUUCUUCACCCUGCAGUUCUUCGCCCACUUCUCCUCCCUCAUCUACACGGCCUUCAUCCUGGGCAGGAUCAAUGGCCACCCUGGGAACUCCGUGCGCCUGGCGGGGCUGUGGAAGCUGGAGGAGGUCAUGAUCCAGUAUGGCUUCACCACCACCUUCGUGGCCGCCUUCCCGCUCGCCCCGCUGCUGGCGCUCAUCAGUAACGUCGUGGAGAUCCGCGGCGACGCCAUCAAGAUGGCCAGGCUGCAGCGGCGCCUGGUGCCGCGCAUGGCCAAGGACAUCGGCACGUGGCUGCAGGUGCUGGAGACCAUCGGCGUGCUGGCCGUCAUCGCCAACGGCAUGGUCAUCUCCUUCACGUCCGAGUUCAUCCCCCGACUCGUGUACAAGUACCACUACGGCCCUUGCCGCGGCGGGGCCCACCCGGAGGUCGACUGCCUCACCGGCUACGUCAGCCACAGCCUGUCCGUGUUCGACACCAAGAACCUGCCGGGCCCCGGCGGGACACAGCGCACAGGAAACGUGACGGAGUGCAGGUACCGUGACUACCGCAAUGCCCAGGACCAGAGCCUCUCCCCGCAGUUCUGGGUCCUCCUGGCCAUCCGCUUGGCUUUCCUCAUCCUCUUCGAGCACGUGGCCCUGUGCAUCAAGCUCGUGGCUGCCUGGUUCGUGCCCGAUGUCCCUCAGGCGGUCAAAAACGAGGUCCUGAAGGAGAAGUUCCAGGGGCUCCACAGCAAGUUGAGAAGCUGGGCCGCGGGGGCCCAGCAACGGCCCAGAUGCACAACCGUGUAG